GUAGGCCGGCGGUGGGAUGUGGCUGCGUGGGACCACCCGGCUUCCCGUGUCUGCCUGAGGAGUAAACCCUGGUGUCUGCCCAGCCUCACCUUUUCCUGCCUCGUACCCAGGCCUGGGCCUGGGAGGGGGCCGCGAACCAGCCCAGGGUCCUUGCUCCUUCCUGGGGGGACCUACACUGAUCUGGGUCGCUUCCAGCUCUCAUCCCCGAGCUCACAUCCGCCAGGUGGCCUCCUGCUAUGGGCUUGCCUGGCCAGGCCACUCCCUUAUUGGCAGGGCCCUUGGGAUAGGGUGUAUAUGGGGCUCCUCCCAUCUUCCCCUCCAGCAGCCCCACUGUUGAUCUGAAAACGCGCUGCGGGACUCAGCACCCGCAACUGUGGCACCCCCUGCUCCCACAGCAAGGGGCUGCACGGGGCCAGGGCAGGCGCCGGGCUGGAGGAGGGCGGUCCGGGAGGAGGGCAGCAGAGUGUGCAAACAGUCCGGGCCUCCUGGGGCGUCCUGCCGCUCGAGCCGGGGCCUCGGGGCUGGGAAGGACGUGCGCUCAGGCCCCGCUGGCUGCCCUUCCCUCUCCGCCGCAGGGUCCGGGUCGCUCGACGCUCGUUGCUCGGCAGUUGCAAUUCCAGGCCCCGCCCCUGCACGACCAGUCCCCGCCCACCAGCCCCAGACCCCGCCCCGUCUCGCAAGACCCCACCCGCAGCUCCGCCUCCACCCAACCAGGGCACGCCUUGGCCCUGGCCUGCCCCCAUACACUCCGGCCCCGCCCCUCUCUGCCGGGCGGAGACGCGGCGGCGGCGCGCGCACCCGGGGUGGGAGGGGGGGGCAGGAGAAACGGAGACGUGCGGGGCGAGGCCCGGGGCAGGGGGUCCUGCUGCCGCUCUCAGCGCCCCGAGGCCGCGGCCUGAGCCCGAGAGACCCAGGUGGUGCGGGCCUCCUGGGCCGAGCUCCCCUUCCGCCGCGCCUCCUGCGCUGUUUUGUCCCCAGGCGCGAGGCGCCACCGCCGAGGACGCGAGCGCCGCAGGACCGCGUCUGUAACCUGCCUCAGCCUCCCUUCCCCGGGCUGCCAGCAUGGAGGCCCCGGAGAGCCGUGUCCACUACAGCAGGUGGGAAGACAACAGCCAGGACGAAGUCAGUGUGGCCGCCGUGUCAAGCACAGAGGCCUCCGGCUGCAAGGCGGUCUUCCGGAAGCUAUGCACAGGCAAGCUGGGCAUCGCUGUGAAGGUGCUGGGUGGGGUGGCCCUUUUCUGGGCCAUCUUCAUCCUGGGCUACGUCACUGGCUACUACGUGCACAAGUGCAAAUGAAGGCUGCCCAGCUCACAUGCCUGGGCGCAGAGACACCCAGGUGCCCAGACCCUCUCCAGGCCGCGGGCCCCAAGGCAGACCCGGCACGGGGCGGCGCUGGUGCCAGGCACAGGAAGAUGCCAGAGUGCAGCUGUCACAGCAGCACCAAGAGCGUGCAGGCAGACGGACAGGUGCACGUGCCACGCUCCAGCUCUCGGGUCCUUCGCGGGACGAGACGCCUGUGUGGCACACACUGCUGGAGGCCCCGACCCAUCCGGGCAGGAGCUGCAGGACCUCCCAGCUCAGGCCUUCGGCCACAGCUCUUCCACCCGGGUCCCGUGAGCCCUGGGCACGCUGGGUACUGUCCUCCCAGCCAAGAGCCCAGACCCUAGGCAGCCCCCCCCCGCAGGCCUUCCUGACUCCGGAUCCUGCGAAGAGACCCCUAUAUGGGCAGCCCCGCCCAGCCUUUGCCAGGGGACUGAGACCCUGCCACACCACGUGCCUUCCUGGGCCACCCAACCUCCUGGGUGGCCCCUCCUGCCCCCCAACUGCCCCGUCCAGGCCAAAUGCCCGCAUAAAAUAAACGUUAGAAGACAGCACGGUGACCUCCAUGUGCCACCCUGGCUGUGCGGCCAUGCGUGCCUGGCACCACCUGUGAAGGGCCUAUCCAAGCGCAGUGGCCCUGCCUGGCUCUGGGCCAUGGAAUAUGCCUUGGGGCCUUUGCAAGGACGCAGAAGGCCAGGAUGCAGUGAGCUGUUUCCUCCUCACCUGACCCCAAGGACAAGGCUCAGCAGCCCUGAGGCUGCCUCAGGACUUUGGUUCUGGCUCCCAUCCUGGCCUUCAGCUACUGCAAAGCCGUCUCAGCCCUGCAGGCCCUGCCAGCAACAUCUGGUCAGGAGCGGUUCUCCCUGAGGACGGUGCAGUCCUUGAGUGUAGAGAAGUAAACAGGAAAGGCCUGGCCAGGCUGGGUGGGUGGGGAUAUGCCCUCCCCAGGGCUUGGUUAGGACCCAGGAGCAGUGUGCAGGUGAGGCCAUCCAAUCCUGCUGCAGGGCCUGCUGUGGGGCUGGGCAGCAUUCCAGCUGGGCUGCUGCAGGGCCAUUGUGAAGACGGUGCAGACAUCCCCAAGCCAUCAUCGGGAGCCAUCGCAGGAUGGGCACCACCGUGGGGGCCUGGGCUCAGCUGUUCCAGAGGCCCUGGGCAGCCCUCAGGGUGGGCUGUGUGUGCAGACGGACCAGAUGAGGCUGGGGCAGGGGAGGAGUUUGAGUCCGAGGGCCAGGAGCCAGGAGGGGAAGUGACUCAGGAGCUUCCGGCUGGCCCAGCACUCCGGGGCUCACACUGGGGUCUCCUGUCUAGCCAGCCAUGCCCCAGGCCUACCCAGAACCCUGAGGGGCACCCACUAGGCUGGGCAUCUGCUGCCUGCAAACCCCAGGCCCAGCCCCAUCCACAACCCCAAGGACACCCCUGGGCUAGGUGGCCGUGGGUCCGGGCAGAUUGGGGACAGCAUGGAUGGAGCCCUGCAGCAGCUGCUUGGUUCCCCUUGGCCUGCCCAGCCAGCCUGAGGCACUGGGCUGAGCAAGUCUCUGGUGGGGGCUGGAUCUGGGUGGGGAGAGCAGAGGCAGCCCCAGGUCCUCUAUUCCCCGUGCAUGGGCAGCGCCAGACCUGAGUGGAUUUCAUGGAGCUCCAGCAACAGCCACUGGAAAUGCUGGUGGGGAAGGAUGACGGGCAGGGGCUGUUUUUUAUCCAAUGUUUAUUAGAGAGUAGGAUGGGCAAAGGCAAAGAAAGAACACCAAAGAGGCUUCUGCUGUAAGUUAAAACCACCCCAAAAUCUCACACAUACUCGGCAGACAGGAGGAGCAACGCGAGCCUGGGACUCAGUCGGAGCCAGUGCAGCGACGGCUCUGUGCAGCAGCCGCAGAACCCAGAGCGGAGCGGAGAGCAGGGGGUGCCUCUGCCAGCGCUGCCGAACGGACCACUUACAUCCUGAGCCUAAGCAGGGCAGAGCCCUCAGCGGUGAGCCACAUGACACGCAGGGCCGCAGCAGACAGCCGGUGGGUUGAUGGGAACCACCCAGAAGGAAGUGCUGCUGCCUGCACCUGCUGCAGCUGGCUGGGCCUCUCUCCCAGUCCCCAGUGGGAAGGCCUGCCGGGGACCAGACGCCAGGCUGGGGGGAGCAGGGCAGCUCUGGAAGACCUGGCCAGCUGUCAGAUGCCCCCUCGGGGGACUGCUGGCCCCUCCGGCCGGCUUUGUGACAAACCUGUGGGUUGGCGGGGCUCUUGCAAAUGCACCAGAGAAUCGUCCAUCUUGUUACGGAAACACAAACUGUCCUUUUAGGCCGAAGACCCCCAAACAGAAGACCCUGUUGCUGAAUUAAGAAGCCGACUACUCUGUUUCCUUCCAGAGCCAGAUAGUAAGGCAGUAGGCCUCCAAGGCCUGCAGCAGCUGCCAGGGCCCACGGACCGAGCUCUCUGGCUCCAGGGAGGGUGUGCAUGUAACAGGCACACACAUGGACACACACAGACACGCAGUUCACACGGGGCACACCUACAGCAUGAAGCGGAGAACCACUCAUUGGCACGCGUACUUUGUGAUUUCUGGCAUCUUCCCAGCCACAUCUGCUGCUCCUUCAGCGUUGACCACUGACAGCGGCCACUGUGCUCGGAUGCCUGCUUGUGGAACCAAACCCGACCAAAUGUAAGUCGUUUUUAAAAGCUUUUUUUUUUUUU